AUGUCAGAGAACGAUCAUUCAAAAGAACUUCGCAGCUGGUGCGCAAAUGAGAAAAUUGAUCCCCAACAUGCUAUUUUACUUGUCGGUGUGCCAUCUGACACUGAUGUUGCGUUUAUCGAAGACACGGUGCAAACUGUUAAAGUCUUUGGUCGAGUGCGGGCUCGCGCAACGAAAGAAGGCACAGUUCCUGGGACAUUUUUAGUAUUGUGUGAGUGCAGAGAGAAAAUCUGCCCCACCCAGGUGCCAUCUGAGGUGUUGCCAUCCUCUGGGGACACCUGGAAAAUUGUUGUGGUAAAAGAUGAGGAUCCUAAUGUGAAUGCUUUUUCUGACAAAUUAUCUCAGUUCUUAAGUAGGGAGGGCAAAAGCAUCACUGACCUUCAGAGUCUGAUUAACCCCUUGGCUUCAAAUGUUACAUCACCUGAGACAAUUAUUCGCGCCAUUGGGGAAUUGUUGGAGAAAACUAAGCCUACUAGCGAUGGUCAAGCCUACCGUCGCUUGCGCAUAUUUUCAGGUAUCGAGCCUACCCCAGUAGGUGAAGAGAAUAGUGAGAAUUGGCUUGAGCAAGCUAGAUUGAUGAUUUUUGAGACAGAAUGCUCCACCAAGGAGAAGCGCAAACGCAUUGUGGAGAGCCUUAAAGGGCCAGCCUUAGAGGUGAUCAAAGCGGUAAGAGUCAACAACCCAGAUGCUACAGCACUUGAGUAUAUUGAGGCUUUAGAGAGUGCUUUUAGUACCUCCGAGUCAGGUGAGGACUUAUAUUUUGCUUUCCGUUUGCUUCGACAAGAGCCUGGAGAGGCCUCCGUAGACAAGAAAAAUCGCUAA